CACGCAUAGCACGCGUCUGUAGUUAACGGGCUGAAGGCUACCUAAGUUUUAAUUGGUGUAAACUUCACCCACAAUUUCAACUUCCUGAAACUUUUUCCGCUCAAAUACAGACACUGGCGUUAUGCCGAGCUGUGAUGCUGGACAAAAAAAGGACCCACAAAUAUGUUCUGUAGGCCAUUAAUUUACAUUAUUAGUGAUCUGUGAAAUAUAUUAGCAAAGAGCACACACGGGAAUUCCGCGUACUGAAACAAGUCUGUCUAGAUAGAAUAUAGAAAAUGACCACAGAGGAAAGUGAUUGCUGCGGCCCAUGGGAACUCUCCCGGCAGAAUUCCGGAGCGACAGGGUCCUGGGAAUCUGACCUGGGUCCAAUUCAGCACACUUUGAAAUUUGUGAAGUACCUGGAGGAGCAGUAUGUGUGCCCUGUCUGCAAGGGUGUAGUCUUCAACCCGCAUCAGUCUGGCUGUGGUCACAUCUUCUGCUUCCACUGCAUUCAAGGGAUACUGGAGGGUUCUGGAAUGAAUCCAGUCUGCCCUUUGGAUGGAGGUUUGAUUAAAUCUAAUGAGGUUUUCCAAGACAAUUGCUGCAAAAGGGAAAUAUCAAAUUUAGAAGUCUACUGCACAAACUCCCCUAACUGCUCUUGUAGAAUUACAUUAUGUCGAUUGCAAGAACACCUCAAAGCUUGUCAGUACGAGUUGCUGCAAUGUUCCAAUACAGGUUGCUCUGAGGUCAUGCAGCGGCAGGACCUCCAAGAACACCUUAGGAUCAGCUGCACACAUCGCAUGGAAUCUUGUCAACACUGCAAAAAGCCAUACAUGUUCUGUCAACUCAAGGACCAUGAGAUGACCACGUGCCCGGAGGUAGAAAUUGAGUGCCCCAACAAAUGCUACCAGAAGAUAAAAAGAUGCAAGGUCACAGAGCACAUUGAUGAGUGUCCAGAGGUGGAGACAGACUGUGUUUAUGCGAAAUUUGGCUGCUCAGUUCGGGACAAGAGAGCUGAAGUUCGAGUCCAUGAGGAAACAGCCCUUAAUCACCAUGUGCUUCUCGUUUUGGGAAGCAAUACCAAAUUAGAAAAACAAAUGGAAGUCGUCCAACAGGAGGUGCUGUUUAGGAACCAGGUGCUCCAGGAGAACAGCCAGAUUGUCAGCAGUCUGGAGAAAGAUGUUAGGCCUCUGGCCCAGCAUGUUGGCAGGUUCGACCAGAACCUGACUGCAGUGCAGAGAUCUCUGAACGAGCAAAGGGACCACAUCUCCAGUGUCAGACUCCAGCUUCAGGAGCUGUCCAGGAUGUUCAGCCCUGGCAUGGCCCAGGAGGGCCUGAGUUAUCUGAAAACCUCUCUGGACUCACUGAAACAGCAGGUGUCUACCACCGAAGGCCUUAAAGACCACCUGGUGGCUCUGGAGGAGAACUACAAGCGUCAUUCUCGCCUCCUGGACAUUCACACAGCUCAGCUUGAACGCAAUGAAGAACGCUUCAAGGAGCUCGAGUCCACCUCAUACGACGGGAAACUCAUCUGGAAGAUCCGAGACUUCCGCAAAAAGAAGGAGUCCGGAGUCCAGGGCCUCCAACCAUGCUUUUGUAGUGUGCCAUUCCAUACAGGCCGUUGUGGCUACAAAAUGGCUGUCAAAGCCUACCUGAACGGGGAUGGGGAUGGUAAAGGCAGUCAUUUGUCCCUCUACGUGGUCCUCAUGCGGAGCGACUUUGACCCACUCCUUCAAUGGCCCUUCCGACAGACCGUGUCCCUUUCGGUCUUGGACCAGAGUGGGGCCAACAACCACUACACCCUCAAUUUACGGCCUGACCCAGCCUGUAACAGCUUCCAGCGUCCCAGCUCAGAUGUCGCUGCCAACGUUGCCUCAGGCUUCCCGCGCUUUAUCUCACACGCCCAGCUGGAGGCACCCAAAACCGCAGUCUACGUCAGAGAAGACACACUCUUUGUAAAGGUCAAAGUUGAUACAACAGGUUUAGAUGACUUGUAGAUCUGUUCGGUCAGACCUACUUCAUCUUGCUCAAUUAUGCUUUUUCUGGGGGCAAACUAACUGUGUGAAGAAUCUUAAAAAGGGAAUUACUGAUGUGUAUACAUGUUUUUAUUUAGUAAUUUUGUGAACCUAGCUAUUUAUCCUGUCAGCCAGACUGAAGAUUUUAAAGGAACAUACAUGUUAUUUGACAGGAUAACUCAGGGAUUUGAAUGUUAAAAAGUAUUAAAAAAGUGAAUUGAGUUUAUAAAACUAUUUUUUUCUUUCUCAAAUGUAGUAAAUGCUUCACUUCCUGCUACUCUUAAUUUUCACUAGGAAAUUCAGGAGGUGCACAUCGAGCUCUCCGGGGCUCUCGGAGAGCUCGGAGAGGGCGUUCCACGUAGACGAAGGCGUUCCCAGGUGUCCGUUUUUUGGAAAACAGAGUACCCCAAAUCGACCUUAAGGGAGGAUACCUUCGUCCCGUCAAUGCUUUAAAGAUCACAAAACUGUGGUUUACUUGUUUUCUUAGUGAUAUGAAGCUUAUGCUGCUGCUUUUGCAGUUGCUCCUCACAGGAUGAAUGUGUAACAGUUAUGAGUCAUUACCUUUUCCACUGGUCUGGUGACUUGUUCACUGGCUGCUCUAGCUUGAAAAACAAUAUUACUUUCUCCAAAGGUAAUUUCAGCUGAAACAAGUCAUAUACAUUAGUCAAGUGUAUAUGACUUGACAUCAAUAAAAAAUUGCCAGUUUGUGGUGAACAUGAUUUUUAAGCAAUGUUUUUCUUUAACA